AAGGGGGGCCUGCGGGCCGGGGAAGGGGGCGCGAGCCCGUGGCCACUGUCUCCACGCCCCCCCCGCUCCAUCCGGGUCACUGGCGCCGAGAGGGCAGCAACCCAAGGGACGGGAGCGGGCGGGCGGUCGCGCGCACAGGGGAGGGCGCGCUUGUGUGUACGCGCGCCUCCGCCCAGCCGUCCGUCCGCUCCGUCAAGGAAGGAACGAAGCGCGAGGGGGCGGGGCUCUUGGAGGCGCCGCAGCAACAGCAGCAACCCUAGCCCUGUCGCCGUGCGUGCUCUGCAGCCUGGCUCUUCUGCAGGGGCUGAUCCUGACGCGGAAGGGGCGAAAGGCUCCUCUCACGAGCCUGGAGUACAAGGAACGCGAACAGCUGUGAGUAACAAUGAUUAGAGAUACAGUGAAGGCCUGGAGUGACAGCCAGUCAGAUCUCUACAGCAGUGACCUGGAAGAGGAAGAAGAAAUGAUAUUUGGAGAAAAUGAAGACGACUUGGAAGAGAUGAUGGACUUAAGCGAUCUGCCUACCUCGCUCUUUGCUUGCAGUGUGCACGAAGCAGUGUUUGAAGUUCAAGAGCAAAAAGAAAGAUUUGAAGCACUCUUCUCAAUUUAUGACGCUCAUGUUACAUUCCAGCUAUUUAAAAGCUUUAGAAGAGUCAGAAUCAACUUUAGCAACCCCGAAGCCGCAGCGAGAGCACGAAUAGAACUGCAUGAGACAGAUUUCAAUGGAAAAAAGCUAAAGUUAUAUUUUGCCCAGGUCCAGAUGCCCAGUGAUGUGGGAGACAAAUCUUAUCUCUUGCCCCCGCAACCUGAGAAGCAGUUCCUGAUAUCACCACCCGCGUCCCCACCAGUAGGAUGGAAGCAGAGUGAAGAUGCCACGCCCAUGAUCAACUACGACUUGCUCUGUGCAGUUUCCAAACUGGGGCCUGGGGAAAAGUACGAACUUCAUGCAGGAACUGAAUCCACUCCCAGCGUUGUUGUGCAUGUAUGCGAAAGCGAAACAGAAGAGGAAGACGAAAUUAAAAAUUCCAAACAGAAGAUUGUGCAGACGAGGCGCCCAGAUCCACCACCCACACUAUUAAGUGAAACACAGACUUUUGAAUGUACGCUAGAGGUCGGGGGUGGGAUGCACCACUGAUUCUAGUCUAGCGGAUGACGGCCGUGGAUGGUCGUCGUGUUCGCAGUGCUGCGUUCUGUACAGCCGCAGCAGACGUCUCUUGUGGGCGUCUUGCAUCAAAGACUUAGAUGCCAAUGUCCUGAAGAGCACUUUAAUUUUAAGGCAAACUCCCAAGAUGUAGCAAAUUCGAGUCCUGUCCUACUAGGAGGUGCCAUUUUGGAAUCUGUGUGUGAACCAUUUUCUUGGUGUACAGAAAGCUGAAAGGAACUCAGCUGCCGCCAUCUCUGUAUUAGUUCCCACAUGGUUUUUUUGUAUGUGAGUCUCUCAUGUAUAUUUUUCUGUGCGCGGGUGUGUAACACAAUCCGAUUAACAUGAUGUCCUCAGUAAUAUAUUGAUGAAAUGUAAAUGUAAUGUACAAUGUACAUUGUUAUCAGUAGAGAAAUCUCAAACUGGUUUGGGGUGACAGAACCAAAUUUUUGAACCGGCUUGUUUUGUGGCUUCUGUUUUUCCUUGGGGAUACCAUGGUUGUGUGUGUUGGAUGUCAAGGUACUCCUGUGAAUUGAUGUGAGGCCCAACCCUCCAUGGGAGCCGUCGCAAGCUGGCACCCUGCUCCCUCGCAACCAUGAAAACAGAGAUGCAAGCAAAGAAGCUGCCGCUUGUGGCCUGACUCGCUUUGGCGUGCUUGUUUUCCUAGGCUUCCUGAGGCCUGCUGUGACCACUCCCAGUGCUGGCUAUUAUUUAUUGUGUGUGUGGGAGAGCUUGUUCCUCUAGCAGCAGAGCUUUAUGCAGCUCCCUUCAGAGCUUGCUACCGUAAGCUGACCAGCUAUCUCAUGGCAUUUGCUCAACCAGCUAGAACCCCAUCUUGGGGUUCUUCAUGGUCAAGCCAGCGAGAGGCCAGUGGUGACCCCCAUCAAUCCUAUGAGUGGCUCCAUGACUAAUUGUUCUUGGGGCCUGUCUGAAGCUUCAGUCAAAGCUGAAUGCUCUGCACAGUUCCCCCAGCACCAUGUGGAGAUCACCAUACCCAACCGGGGAGGCUCCUUUAAGGGAAAUUGAGCCCUCUUGAGCCCCAGUGCCAUCUUGGGAGGCAUGCCACAGAGCGCUGGGAAAUGUAGCCCUUCCCGGCAUCUUCUUCCUAGAGCUCUGGAGAGAGGGCUCUGUCUUUCUUAAAAGGCUCUCCCUGCCCUGAGAAAGGUGCAGUACUGUGCAGAGGUUAGCACAAUGGAAAAUAGCUCUCCACGUAGAAGAGUGUUUGACAAAGUGCUUGAAAAAUAGUGAAGAUUACUGUCCCAUCUGUCUCUGUGCUGUGGGGUCUUACACAUGGAUGUGGGAAUACAAAACCAUCCUGUUCAGAAGCAACAGUUUGGCUAUGUCCCUUGCCCCUCCCUAGGGCUGGAAAAAUGUUAUUGUUCUCUCUCUCUCUCUCUCUCUCUCUCUCUCUCUCUCUCACUCAAAGACUCGGGGUAGCUUAUAGUAUGCCUGGGACUAGUACUCACUUAUCCUGCGGAGCCCUGUGGUUUAGUAAGCAAUGGCAGGUAACCCCUUUUGUCCACCCCAAAUAACCUUUCGUCUGUUUCUUUGCACUGAGCACUACUGUAGGUCACAGUAGGCUUCUGCUCAGCACCCUGGUUGGUAGCUUCUCCUCCCCAUCCCCUCCUUUCUCUUUCCUUCCUGAGAUGUGGACUCAUUUUGUACCAAGGCAGACCCUCUUUCUCUGCUGCUGCAGAAAAAGGGCCCACCACCCUCCUGCCUAGAUUGGUCCGGCAUUUGUCCUUUCCCACAGUUUUGCCUUCCCACCACUUUCCCAGCAAAAUUGCACCUUAAAAUUCCAACUGUUGAAUUUGUGUAAUGUUACACUUCCAUUAGCUAAUACUACAUUUUAUGGUGGAAUUAGGUGAGGACCUGACAACUCCCAAGUUCCAGAGAGCCGUGGUGCCUAGAAAUCUAACUGUGGCGCCUUGACUAGGAUAUUCAGAGACAGAGUAAAUGAUGUAUUUGUCCCAGGUAGCCCUGUUUUUCUUACAAGUGUGUACCAUGUAAAGAAGAAGCCGAUUUGCCCUCCACCCAUAAUGUCCAUAAUUAAGUCUGGAAAGUGUCCAUUGUCUGGUUCCUAAAUUUUUGGGCCGGAUCCUCGAUCCAAAGGAAAUUCGUGAAAGCCUAAACUAAUGGGGGCAGGGGGAGGGGCGGGAGAGAGCAGUAAAACCUGGUAUAGUUUUGCAAAUGUCAUUCCCAGUCACUAGAUGAAGUUCUGUUUUAUCUAUGAAAUUGUCAGCCCUACCAAAUGUUGUACAUGGCAUGGUGAAGUAGGGAGUGGGGUAUCAGUUUAUACUAGGUGUGAGAAACAGAGCCCCAUCUCUCUCCCCAGCUCCCUGGAACAGGUGGAGAACUUUGAGUAGGGUGGGGUGGGCUUCAAACAUCAGGAGCUCUUCCUCUCUUACCGUUAUCGCUCAAAUCCCACACAGCGUGAAGCAUACCAGUUGUGGGUAACUUGAAUUUGGACUAUCGGCUCUCAUCAUCCCUGGUCUUUGACUGUUGUAGCUAGGGAUGAUGGGAGUUGUAGUCCAAAUACAAGUUCCCCAAGACUGGAGCAUAUUGUGUACCUUUGGACCAGUUAUACUCUCUCAGCAUAGCCUUCCUCUCAUGCUUGCUAAGAUAAAAUGGGGUUAUCCCAUGGGUAGGCCAUUGUGGCUGGGGAUUAUGGGAGUUGCAGGCCAACAACUUCUGGGGACCCAGAUUUGAGAAUCCAUGGGAUAACCCUAUAUUUUACAGCCCUGAGGGUGCAAAUAUGAUGGCAAUAGUACAGCUACCAAACUCAAUUUACCUAGGGCACAAUAGAAGUCUUAACUACCCUUUAUUCUUAAUAAAGGCAACAAUAUUUAUUAGUUGAUGAACCAUAAGCAUUUUUCCACAGUAUGACUUUCAGGUUAUAUCCUGUGUUCUGGAAACUUUUUAAAGCAUCCUUUUUCUUGAAAUGCAGAAUUUUUGUUUUGGAAAAGAGUAGAAUUUGGUUUUUCCCAAUAAAUGCUCAAAGCUCUGUUCCAUUUUUACUGGGGUGUGAUUCUGUGCUGAAUCUACAGUUACUCUCCCCCACACCAUGAUAAAGUAAACUUGGAGAAGUCGUACAAGAAGUUAAUUCUUGAAUGUGAAUCAUGAAGUAUAACCUUAUAUGUGGCUCUUAAGACCUGCUGUAUCUCACCUGCAUUCUGAUAGCCAACAUCCCUCACUCCUGAUUAGAAACCCCUGAGGUCCUCCGCAUUCAUGAGGCUUGAUUUCACAACUAUUGUUCGGGUAGGCGAAGACUCCUCCCUUAGUUCAAGAGCUGUGUGUGCUCCCAUUUUGUGAUUGUGAGUUUAGAACCAGGUCGGAGGAGGGGAGCUUGAUUGUGCGCUAAGCCCUAGCUGGGUAGGACUAGCACCUAUCCAGAUUCUGUCCCCAGAUCGUGUGCUAAGCUCGUGUCUGUCCUGAGAUUCCAUCCCCCUGAUUGUCUGCUAAGCUCUGUUUGGACAAGACAAGCACCUAUCCAGAUUCUGUCACCAGAUCGUGUGCUAAGCUCGUGUCUGUCCCCUUGAUCGUCUGCUAAGCCCUAGUUGGAUAGGACAAGAACCUAUCCAGAUUCUGUCCCCAGAUUGUGUGCUAAGCUCGUGUCUGUCCCGAGAUUCCGUCCCCGUGAUCGUCUGCUAAGCCCUAGUUGGAUAGGACAAGAACCUAUCAAGAUUCUGUCCCCAGCUUCAGAAUGAGGCAGGAGGAAAAACUUUCCCAAACAGUAGAGGCUUAGCACGUGAUCAAGAUCCCUGCCUCUGACCUUGUUUUUAACUCAGAUGAUCAGAAAACAAGAGCGCCUGCAGCUCCCAAACUAGGGAAGGAGACUUCUACCCUAAAAAGAAUUGCAAGAAUGAGCCCAGCUAGUUGCAAAAUUGUGUCUAUUGGGUAUAAGUUUACAUAAAACAGUGAGCUCGCCUACUCCUAAAUCUUCUGCAAAAUGAAUCAAUGUUGUCAGUAUUUUUCUAGGCAACCUGCCCUAGAAAGUGGCAAAGAAGGGAUUGGCAAACUGCAGCCCUCGUGCCAAAUCUGCUCCUCUCUGAAAAGAGCUAUUAGUUCAGAGGAUAAAGGAACGGGGCAAGCUCCAGUGGCAAUGGGGCUUUUCAGCUUUUCAGCCCCAAACUUGGGUCCCCAGAUGACAUUGGACUGCAAUUCCCAUCAUCCCCAGCCACAAUGGCCGGAAAUGCUGGGGCUGAUGGGAGCUGUAGUUCAACAGCUGUAGUUGGUGGUGCAGUGGUAAAACUGCCGUCCUGUAACCAGAAGGUUACAAGUUCGAUCCUGGCCAGGGGCUCAAGGUUGACUCAGCCUUCCAUCCUUCCGAGGUCGGUAAAAUGAGUACCCAGAAUGUUGGGGGCAAUAUGCUAAAAAUCAUUGUAAACCGCUUAGAGAGCUCUGGCUAUAGAGCGGUAUAUAAAUGUAAGUGCUAUUGCUAUUGCUAUUGCUACUUUAAAGGAGGGCAGGCAUAACAAAUCCACUUGCCAGCUCACCAGGGGUGAGUGUUCCCAGCCCUCUGGCAAGCAGGACACCCAGCACCACGCAGAUUUCCCCAGAUGCUCUUUUCCAUGGUUUUGAGAAGGUAAGAAACAGCAGGGAUCCUUUCUUGGCAGUCAGAGAGGGCUCCCACUGCCUCUCGCCCUCUCCCAUUGCAAGUGACCAAAGACCUGCUUCUCUCCUCAACCCACUGUCUGUGUGCCAGAAAAGGAUCUGAGGGAAGAGAGGGGAUGGGAGACGAGCACAAAGAAUGACUGGCUGGUGAGCUAAGCCUCCAUUUGUGGAUCCCCGGAGGAGGUGUUAGGGUGUUGGCCUGCCAUGCAACCCACUUCCUCUGUGGCUGACUGUGUGACAAAACAAGUUGUGGGCUAAGGCUGUAGAAUGGGUGGGACUGCAAUGUUGUUGGAAUAAAGCAGCCAGGUAAAAGGAGAUGCGUAUAACAGCCCGGCAUGAUUGCAACAGAUGAUGAUCAAUUGUGUUUUUUAAAAGGAGAAAUAAAAGCUUUUGUGGUUUC